UUUUGUUACUUAGCAUCGUGGAAAUAGUAAAUACAUUCGUGAAAACGGAGUAACUUUCUUAAAGUUUUUGAAAAAAAAUAUCUCAGACCUAGCAAAUUUAACUGACAGUGAUUCCGGCGUUUUCUGUGAUGUGAAAUCCUUCCACUGAUUAGAGCUUUGUACAUUCCAUCACCAUGACAUCCAGGGAGAGUUGACGAGAGUGGGAGGUUAGCCCCUCCCCCUGCCCCACCUUUAUCCCUUUCCGUCCCCUACAUCCCUUACCCUCACUAGAAAACCACAAUGGGGGACCAACCUACUGGGAAGUUGACAGCUAGUAUUGAGGACCUGUCCUUAAAGAAACAACUUCCUCUACGGCAACAGGCCCAAAAGCCAAUGCUCAAGUACAGCAAUAGUUCCAUCAAGCCUGUGCAGCUCUUCAACCAUGCAGACAUGGUAUCCAUACGCAGUAACGCAGAGGCUGCGAGGAACGCGUACAGCAGCCUGAGUAACGCAUCAACUAGCACUACAAUGUCGACACCAUUCCGAUCCACUAUGAGGCCACCGCCCAGUCCACAACAGAUGCUCAAACAAGCAACUAGCACCCCUCCCAGCACCUCGACAACAACGAGAACGACAUCUGCGAAGGGCCACAGUAACCCAUACGCCCGUCCACUCAGUGCCAAAGAUAUUGUGUCUGAUCUCCAGGGCCAGCAGAAGAUCAAGAAAACUCCCAGUGCUUCUCAAAUGCAAUCUGGUCCUAAUUCUCUGUUUAACCAGUCGGGGUCCCCUGGGACACCAAUGUUUGGGUUUCCGGUUAACGCUUUUAUGCGUCCACAGAGUGCCUUACGGAAAGAUGACUCGGUGCUAAAAGCUGGAACCAAAACUGCUGUAACCAAUGGAAGUGCCUCUUCAAAAGGAACAGGUGCUGUGAAAUCCACUCCAAGGAAAACUGUACCUUUUUCAAAGUUAGAAAGGGAACCGGACUUAAACCAGACUUGUUUAGUGCCUGGAAAGUUGGAACGGGAACCAGAUCUUAGUCAGACUGGUUUAGUGAAUGGGAAAUCUGGUAAUUCUUCUGCACAAUAUAUGAACCAGUCUACUUCAAAGAAUCAAUUUGGUCCUGCUACAAAAUCUUCAAUAAAGGCUUCGGAAUCUGUGAAAGAGGCCUCAAGUAAUAGUGUAACGUCUAGUCCGUCCAAAGUGGCUGUAGGCUCACAAACGCCUAAUAGUGUUACUGCAAAAAUUAAUGACGGUGUGAAUGGAAUUAAACAAAUACCCAACUCUGAUGGUUCAGGGUCUAAGGCCGUUGGUUAUGCUAAACCUGUUUCAUCACUGCCAAGGCCAGGGUCGGCCGUGUCAACAAAGUCUAUGUCACCAGACUCAGCUUUAAAAGUUCGGAACUUGAACUACACUCCCACUAAGCCUUAUGCCGAAGUCUGCAAUCCAUCAUCUAUCAAUGCUGCCAAACCACCCAUAUCUGCUACAACAAAAACACAGCAAACAAGUGAAACUAUCAUCACAGUAAAAACUGAACCCCCUAAGGGAACAACUUACAUAGCACCAUCGAAUAUCAGUAAAUCUGUCAAUGAGCCUAAGAGCGGUAUAGGCUCUGGAGUUAGCAGUAGUGGAAGUUCGAAACAGUCAAGCGCAAGCAGCUCAGGGACCAUGUAUUACAGUAAGGAGUCUAAGGCGGACAUAAAGAUCCAUGAGCAGCGACCCCCUGCUAUAGGAGCGCCUGCUUUCCCCUCAAGGGGAACAGAGAAAGGCUCAGUCACUAAUCUGACAUCUGGCUCAGAAAUUGAGGAAGCCGGAGAUGAUGAGUCAGAAGUACCAUCUGGAGAGCGUAUGCCGGGUGAUGGUGAGGCAAGCCUGAUUGGAGAUGAAGAUGAUGAUGACUUCCCUGAAGAUGAGGAUGAUGAUAUGGUCGAUGACUUAGAUGAUGACUGCAUUGGAGGAUCAGACGGUGAAUCAGAUGGCUACUCCUUUACGAGCAGCAGUCUGUCACGUCGUUCCAGCUCAGCCCACAAGCUGAAGACACGCCCCCUUAGUGGGGAACCAAUCAGCUACAGCCGUCCCCAGACCGCGUCCCCUGAUAGGACAGUGAAACCCGGUCUCUCACGGAGCAUGUUCCCGAACAUUCCACCUGUGGUUACAUUUGUGGCUGAAGGGGAAAAAGUUGAGCAGCUGCCCUGGGAGCAUCGAAAAUACCUAAAGUGGCGGCUUAGCCCGAUCACGCCCAACGUGGUUAAACACGUUCUUGCCCGGUCAGGGUUCAGAAUCACUAAACGUAACCAUGACUGGCUGGGCUGCUGGGGGAAACACAUGAAGUCUCCUGGAUUUAAGGCUCUCAGGGAAUACCAGAAGUUAAACCACUUUCCGGGUUCAUUUCAAAUCGGUCGUAAAGACCGACUCUGGCGUAAUCUUUCAAAGAUGCAGGUGCAUUUUGGGAAGAAAGAGUUCGGAUUCUUCCCGCAAACUUACUGUCUUCCUACAGACGCAAAAUUGCUGAAACGAGCCUUUGAGGACGGGACUACGAAACAGAAGUGGAUUAUUAAACCUCCCGCAUCUGCCAGAGGUAUCGGUAUCAAAGUCAUCAACAAGCUCACACAAGUCCCAAAGAAACGUCCAGUUGUUGUACAGAGGUACCUGUCUCGUCCCUACCUAAUCAAUGACAGCAAGUUUGACAUGCGUGUGUAUGUGUAUGUCAGUUCCUACGAUCCACUACGCCUCUACGUGUUCGAAGAUGGUCUCGCCAGAUUCGCGUCCAUGAAGUACUCUAGCUCCAUGAAGCACCUGGCCAACAAGUUCAUGCACCUGACAAACUACAGCGUGAACAAGAAGAACGCUGACUACCAGGCAAACUCCGAUGAUACAGUCUGUCAGGGACACAAGUGGAGUUUGAAGGCUUUAUGGAACUACAUGAAGAGACAGGGCGUGAACACGAACGCUGUCUGGGACAGUAUGAAGGACCUCAUUAUUAAAACCAUCAUCUGUGCGGACGGCCCAGUUAACAGCUUAAUAAAGGCAAACUGUAAAACACGCUACUGCGUGCAUGAGCUGUUUGGGUUUGAUAUUCUCCUCGACGAGAGCUUGAAACCAUGGAUACUGGAGGUCAACAUUUCACCCAGCCUUCAUUCCAACUCCCAGCUUGAUAUCAACAUCAAGGGCCAGAUGAUCAAGGACCUUUUUAACAUAUCCGGCAUCCGAAUACCGGAUAAACAUGAUCUGGUCCAUAACCCUCCACAGACUAGUGGGCCCCCGGAUCUUAGCUCGUACGUGCCACCCAAUGAUGUGUGUAUUGACAAGCGCCUGUUCAGUCAGCAGUUGUCGGCGGAUGAGCGAGCGAAACAUGCAUACUACUGUCAACGACAUCAGGACGAGCAAGUGCAGCAGUCGAUCCUAGACAUCCUGACACCAGACGAUGUUCGAUUCCUGACUGAGAGUAUUGAUGAGGACAGCCGUAAAGGUGGUUUUCAGCGUGUUUUCCCGACCCCAUCUACCUACAAGUAUCUGAAGUACUUUGAGACGCCCCGCUACUACAAUCUUCUCCUGAACCAGUGGGUCCAGAGGUUCAACCGCAUGGAGCAGAGAGGUAUCGGGUUGUUGCAAUCGCUGUGUGAGGAAGGCCUUCACUUGGACCUGUGUACAGAAAACCACAACCAUCAGUGGAACCCACCACAUGCGACUUGCCAUUCUUACCGGGGAGAGCGACUGUUGAGUGCUCCUGUCUCAAAACACGGCAAGGAGGUUGAAGGAAUGAAAACAAGCUCUUCCUCCUCAAAUCUCCACAAGUCAACGUCGGUCAAACGGGCUGGCGGCCUCGCGGCAGGACAGAAACCAGCCCCGUUCAGCCGGUCGCCUAGCCAAUCUAGCAGCAAAACUUCCUCCGUUAACAAUCUAGUCUUUAGCCCACAACCUAUCGAUAUUCUUUCCCCAAAGGGAAAAGCUCCAAGCAGUGAGGCUCCAGCCACUUACAGUUUUGAAGACAAUUGUCUGAAACCACCCUUAACCCCACAAAAGUCCAGGUAACACAAGAUGCACAGCUCUCUUCUGUGGAAGAACUCUUAACCAAAAUGGAUUUGACCCAGAUUUUUUCUUGCACUUACAGUUGCUGGUAAUGGAGGUCUACUGUUACUGCUUAAGUUUUAAAACACAGUUUGCUACAUGAUUCUAGUUUUGACAUUAAGCUACAGAUACUACUAAAAUAUAGUAAUUCAAAAAUGAACAUUUGAAUGGGAAUGUUCAGUAGACUGUAUUUUGACCUCUGCUCUGGAUUUGCACAGUGAUUUGCGGGCAUAAAGCAAAAAGGUUUCAAGUCAGAUAGAAUUAAGAUGCACGUGGAACCUUCUCUCUUUCACCCGUGAUAUUGCACAUUAGACGGAACAUCACUGUUUGCUAGUUUUCCCUUUGCCUCGUGUAUGUUUUGCGAAUGAAUUGUUUUCCCUGAAUGUUACAGGCAUCUUCACAAUUUCAUAUAUAUAUAUUUCUUUUGAUAUAUUCCUUUUUAUAUAUAUUUUUUUCUAUUGUUUUUGUCUUUUAUUUCACGUAUAAUAUAUCUUCAAAUAGUAAUGGAGGAUCUCAUGAGUAUGUUAUGUAUUUGUCAGUAUUGAUAUGACUGUGUAUGCAUGUCAAUGUAUCUAUAACUACAUGUUGUAACAGGCCUUCAAGUAUAUGUUAUGAAAUCGUAAAAGUGGAAACUGCUGUAAAUACCAAUAAGGAAUUUAAAGAAAUUUUAAUGAAUAUUGCUUUGAUAUGUUAUAAUGUUCUUAUGAUUGCCAUGUUUUUUUCAGUGAAAAGGUACAAUUGGUAACAAAAAACAUUGUUGGUGAUUUGGGCAAAAAAGCUUUUGUUUUGCUUUUAAUGAAUCAAGUUUUUCGGUUGAGGAUGAAAGUAUAAAAUGACUAGCAAUUUAUAUAUCUAUCACAAAUUUUCCUUGGAACAUAUUUCUUUAUAUUAUUUAAUUAUUUUGUUCAUACAGUUGUCCUUUGACCAGUCUUCCAGAUUGAUCUUCAGUAUUUUAACGUAUUUUAAUAGAUACGGAAAUUUUGAUUACUUCUUCAAACUUGGAACAAGGACUUUUCAGCAUUUCCUUUAGUUUGUACUUGCAAUUUCAAUGUUUCAUUUAGCAAUAACUUGCCUUAUUCUUGAGCAAUGAUAAUUUAAAUAAUCAAUCUAUUAAGAAAAUACAUUUUUAUAAUGUACUGAUUGAAUCCCAAAUAAUAGUAAAAUUUUUUUACCUCAUGUAAUUUAACAAAUUAUAUUACCUCCCUUGAUCAUCUCAGUAAGCCCAUGAUUAACAGAGUUUUCUCCCCUGUGUUUCAGGUGACUGUCGGUCCGUCUACCCCCUCUACAGGAACUGUUGUCUGCCGGCCUACCCGUCCUUUCCUCCACCCGCUACCAACGGCACGCCAUGCGCAUCGUCAAACAGGAGAUCUCCAACGCGCAAGUUAGGAAACACCACAAAAAGAAACAACAACAGCUCAAGAAUGACCAUACCUUCAAACAGCCCUGAUGUUUAUUUUGCUCCUUCAGUCAGCCAUACUACAGUGUAACAAGUUAUUUGACAAUAAACUUGUAGCAAUAAUUCUUUUGACGUCUUUCUGGUAAUCAUAAGGUUUAGCUUUGAAGUACCAUUUAUGGUAAUGAUAUUUGCAGGAUUUGUACGAAGACAAGGUUUCUUGUGGAUUUUUUUUCUUUAAAAAACAUUGGUAAUAUUAAGACUACUCUUGGCUGAUUUUAUUGGCUUAUGUUCUAGGAAUGUUAAUUAGCUUGUUUAACCACCAUGGCUGUUUUGUUCAAGGUCUGCAAACAAUUCUGUCCAUUUGUCUUUCUUUAAUUGUUGGCAAAUAUCCUACAGCAAGCAUUGUUACCUGUUAUAUAUUUUUUUGUUAGAUUUUUUUUUGUGCUAAUCUCUUUUAUUUUGAUUACACAUAUGUUGUUGUUUACAUUACCUCUAGUUUAUAAUUGAAUCAAGGACUCAACCAAACAAUUGGCUGUUCAAUCAGACCUUUGUUAAAGUUAACAACGUGAUUGACUUUGUUAUUGUUAACAUUUAAAGGCGAAAUAUUCUAUGAUGAGCUCAUAUGUUUUAAUAGAAAAAGUAGUACGGCUAAACAGUUAUCUCAAAUCUUGUUUGGAAUAUUGCAGAGCAUAAAUGUAUCAGUGAAAAGUCCAGAGCAGUAAUGGUUUGAAAGUUAACAAUAAUUAGUUCACAACAUUUGCUUACUUUUAACUAAGAUUUGAACGAUUGAGCCAAUGUAUUAACAGAUUACUGUAGUUGGUUCCAAUUCUGCAAUGUAUUUUUUUUUAAAGAUUUCCUGAUUUGUGUACACAAACUUUGAAGCUCGAGAGAACAUUAUUUAUGAAUAACAAAAAUUGCUUGAUUGAUUUAAAGUACUUUAAAUUGGCUUUCUGAUUAAUUGGCGAAAAAUCUUUAAUAUUUAUUCUUCACGACCUUCAAGCAAUCUACUUUGUAUGUGUGUUUUUUAUGUAAAGGAAAUUUUUCUUUUAAAUACCGAUACUUAGAAUAUUUGUGUCUUUUUUUAAUUUCUUAAUAAAAUCUCAGAUUCAUUACAUAGAAAAUGAAUGUAGGCACACAAGCUGUGUUUAACACAAGAUGUGAUUAGUAUUACAAGGUGGCAACAUAACUAUUUUUGAUAUUUUUUAUAUUAAAUAUUAACCAUAUAGCUGCUUGAAAUGUAACACAUAAUGACCUGACAAGAAACAUGUUAGAAAAUUUCAAAGCUUUGAACAUGUGAAAUAUGCCGGUAUGUGUUUUCAUAUAAGUCUGCAUGUAACACUCUUUUUUGUUAGAUACAUUACAAAUCUAUUCCAAUUAUUCAUAUAUAACAAUAUACAGAAUCAGGUGAUAACUCUAGGGUUCACAAACUGGUCAUCUGGGAUGUAAACACUCACAUAACUUACAUGUUUUUAUGCCCCCUUUUGAAAAAAGUGGGGUAUAUUGUUUUGCACAUGUCGGUCGGUCGGUCGGUCUGUCUGUCUGUCGGUCGGUCGGUCGGUCGGUCGGAAUACCAAAUGGUUUCCGAUCAAUAACUUGAGAACGCUUUGACCGAGGGACCUCAUACUUGGUAUGUGUAUUGGUCAUCACCAGCAGAUGAACCCUAUUGAUUUUGAGGUCAGUGGGUCAAAGGUCAAGGUCAGUGUGACCUUUACAUGAAAAACGGUUUCCGAUCAAUAACUUGAGAACGCUUUGACCCAGGAACCUCAUACUUGGUAGGUGUAUUGGUCAUGACCAGCAGAUGAACCCUAUUGAUUUUGAGGUCAGUGGGUCAAAGGUCAAGGUCAGUGUGACCUUAACAUGAAAAACGGUUUCCGAUCAAUAACUUGAGAACGCUUUGACCCAGGGACCUCAUACUAGGUAGGCUUAUUGGUCAUGACCAGCAGAUGAACCCUAUUGAUUUUGAGGUCAGUGGGUCAAAGGUCAAGGUCAGUGUGACCUUUACAUGAAAAACGGUUUCCGAUCAAUAACUUGAGAACGCUUUGACCCAGGAACCUCAUACUUGGUAGGUGUAUUGGUCAUGACCAGCAGAUGAACCCUAUUGAUUUUGAGGUCAAAGGUCAAGGUCAGUGUGACCUUAACAUGAAAAACGGUUUCCGAUCAAUAACUUGAGAACGCUUUGACCCAGGGACCUCAUACUAGGUAGGCUUAUUGGUCAUGACCAGCAGAUGAACCCUAUUGAUUUUGAGGUCAGUGGGUCAAAGGUCAAGGUCAGUGUGACUGUAAGCUGAAAAAAGGUUUUCUGAUUGUCCAUAUUUUAUUUUCUUAUAUAGUAGACAGUAGAAAUUUAUAUGUCACUAAAUGCAUGAGUUGAAGUAUCAGUUUUCAGUGAACAUCUAGUUUAAUUAUGCCCCCCUUCGAAGCAGAGGGGUUAUAUAAUUGCUUUGCACAUGUCGGUCGGUCUGUUGGAAGACCAAAGCUUGUCCGAGUGAUAACUCAACAAUUCCCGGACCUAUGGUCAUCAAACUUGACAUGAAGAUUAGGUAUGACCAGUAGAUGACCUGCCUCAUAUGCAUCCAAUGACAAAUCAGCUGUCAUUUCAGUCCAUGCAUAUUUCAUUCAAUUGUCCAAAUAUUUCUGGCAACUUGGCGCUCAGGGGGCAUAAUGUUUGACAAACAUCUCUUGUUUUUCUAUUUCUUUUUUUAAAGAUAAUAUAUGGGAAUUUCUGCUAGCCUCCUGCUUCCAAACACGUGAAAUGUCUUCAAAGAAGUUUGUUUUUUUAUCCAUACCCAAUAUUUUAAAUUAAGGGCAUAUGUGUUGAAAUCAAUGCUGUGUGCCAUGAAUAUUUGGAUAAGCAAAACAUUGUAAGAAAAAACAACUAGAUUUUAUAGUAUUUACUGUCCUGAAAGCAAAACCAAAAUAGGCUAGGAUAGAUAUCCAUAUUUUUCAGAAAAAAAACAGUUCAGAUAAAAAUGUCACAUGCAGAAUGUUUACCUCCCUGUUGAUCUGUGUGUAAUCCCCAGACUUGUCACAUGAUCCAACAUCAUGAGUGAAGGCUACAAGGAGGGGGAGGAAAAGGAACAUUUCAGGGAAGAAAAAAAAAUGUUAUCCGUCUCAAGUUUCGAAGGGGGUAGAUGGAGAAGUUGUGAUAUUUCGCUUUUUUUUACAUUUUUUUUUUGUACAUUGCACAUAUUUCAAAUCAUGCUGCACUAGGAUGAUCACAUUUUUGCUUAAUUCAUUAUUGCUCAUUUAAGUUUAAAUCAGGUACAGUAUAUAUUAUACACAAUGGUGACUUUAUUUAAGGAUUAGUACUGCAUGUAUCAUUAUUUAUAUUCAGGGGUUGUUUUUUAUUUACUGGUCAAAGGCCACAAUAAUUUAAACAAUGGCGUGGUGUCUGUAAAAUAAUUCUUGUUUAUGUGAUAGUCUUCAGUUUUAAUUGUACCGGCAUCGUACUUAUACAGAUGUCAAAUAUCCAUGACAGCUUGGUUCCUUUAGAAAACUGGCCAGAUCCGCCCAUGUAUGACUAGAUUAUGGUCCUUGAAAUGAAAAAGAAUUUUCUAUCGGAGACAACUUUGUUGUGUAUUAUUGUAGUAUUCCCUGCAGACCUAUCAAACAUAUUUAUUUAGGAAGACACCAUUGAACAAAGAGUUGUGUCUAGUUCUUGUAGUUUAUUUCCCUUGCCCCUUGUGAAACAUGCUUCACCGAUGGCUUCAUUUUGAAUGCGAGUUCAGUAUAUUAACAACAAGUCGUCACAGUAGAGCAUAGGCCUUGUAAUUUAUACCUGUUCUGGAUGAUUGUGUUAUCAUUAUAAUUAUUAUGAAAGUCUUACAUUAAAGAGGUGUAGAAUGGACCCUUAUCCCACUGUCACAUUAUGACAUAUCCACGAGGCCCUGUACAAUUUUUCCACCUAAAACAGAUUUCUAAGAUUUUAGGAAAUGCGGGUUAUUGAAACAAUCUGCUGCAUCCAUUUGUAGCACAUCAUAUGGGGAUCAUAAUUAUGUUUCUGGAAUGUUUGGGGAUCAUAAUUAUGUUUCUGGAAUGUUUGGGGAUCAUAAUUAUGUUUCUGGAAUGUUUGGGGAUCAUAAUUAUGUUUCUGGAAUGUUUGGGGAUCAUAAUUAUGUUUCUGGAAUGUUUCAGAGCCAAAAAUGCUAAUAUGUCAUAAUGACCAUCUGCAAGACUGAACGAGUUUGUUAAAAUGUUGAUGUUUUUAUGAUACAUGUGUAGAUCUUAUUGGUAAAAGAAUGAUGAAUAUAGAUACAAGCAUUAGGAUUUGUGGGACUACUAUAAUGUUGGUCAGUCAUCCAUCUGAUUAUUAAACACUUACAAUGUGCUUCUUUUACUAUUGAAAUAUAAUGGUUAAAUGACAACCAGAGUUGUGUUAGAUGGAGUUAUGUUCAUGACCUUAGAAGGUCAUCCUUUAAAAAAAAGCUGUUUGCAGUGCCCUGACCAUCAUCAGCAAUUACGGUACUUUCUUUGUUACACUUAAUUAUAUACCAUGGAAAAUUGACUGAUUAAUAAUUGGUUUGAAAUAAUAUGAAUUCCUUUCGAUGAUCACAUGCUGUUAACCUCAAUAAUAGACAAAGAAAUGUGAUCUCGGGAGGUACUUCCUCAAAGCUUGUGCCAGUUUUUGAAAUUAAGAUGCAGUCUUUAAAAGUUGCUAUUCCUGGGUUAAAUAAAACAAACAUGUAUACUUCUACAUAUACAGUUUCUUUAUUUCAAAAGUACCCCGGUAUAUACAAAAUUUAAAUAAUGUACUCAGUUGCGCCAAUACUUAAGAAUUGUGAAACAGGGCCUGACGGUUUAACACCUUGGGGGUUAGCUCAUGUAUUGACAUUUCAAUGCCUAUCUUAUGUUUAAUGUGUUGCCAUCACUAAUCGUAAAAAAAUAAUUCCUACGGACAAUAUAGGUCUGGUCACAACUAAAAAUUUAUUAAGGGUCACUUCAAAAUACCUUUUUAAUGUAUACAUUAGUUAACUUCCGUAUUUACCAAAGAUAACCUCAUGUCCAUCUAUUUUCUAUUUAUUUCAUGGUCAUUUUCGAUGUUGUCUACAUGUGUGCAUUUGUUUAGUUUCACACAUAUCAUAGAAACUUGUGCCAAGAAAUGCAUUCCAGAAGAUGUCACAUGUGACAGAAAGAUGAAGUUACAUUUGACAGCAAUAUGUUGUCAUAUGUGACAACAAGUAUCCAUUUAUUAUUAGCCUAUUGAGGGAAUGAAAUUAAGGUAUUGUCGAAGCCUUGGUCUUGUCGCUGGCAGCGUUGUCCAGAAACAAUGGCAGUAACUCAAAAACCAUUAAAGAUAUUCACAUGAAACUUUGAUCACAUGUAUCCAGAGACAAUACUCAUUGGUGUAUCAAGGCCAAUUACUCUGGGUUAAUAACUGAUGUGGAGUUGUGCUCCUUUUCUGACUUUAAAUAACAGGCAAGUGUUGGGGUUUGCUCCUACAUGUAGGUGCUAUUGUUGUUAUUUUAUAACAAUUUGCAUUGACAUUUGUUGAGGUUAGCAUCAUUCUGCUAUAAUUUCAUCCCACCCUAAUAUAUUUUUUAUAUCCAAUUUUAAACAAGGACAUUGAUGGCUUUUGAUUAAGCCAGCACUUGAAUUUCACAUCUAAUUAUUCCUUGGGGCCCAUCUCUUUUUUUUUUUAAGUUAGAAUUGUCUUAUUUUCUAUAUAUUUGUGUGAGCUGAACAUCCAGUAUAAUGUUUAUGUUGAAAACACAGUUUAAGAAAUGAAAAAAAUCAAACAGGUUUGUAACAUUCAGAAGCUUAAUUGCUCAAGAUCUUUUACACAUAAAACUAUUCUUUGCUCGAGAAAACAAGCUGUAGUGUUAUUAACCUGUCCAGAUUUGUGAAAUUCUGAAAGACAUCAGACUUGCAUGUUUGUCAUUAUUUAUCAACAAGAAAUAAAACAGUAAAUACAUAUGCUGCCAUAUUGAGUUACAGUAUCUGAUUUAUUGGACUAAAAUGUCUGGUUGUAUAUGUGACUAUAGUUGUAAUAUAAAGCGUUGCUUAUACAUUUAUACUGUAGAAGGUUGUUAUUUGUGUAGGUUAGAAUGGACUAAGUAUUAAACCUUGAGUCUGUGAUAAUACCUAGUUAUUGUUAUUUAUAAAUUAUUACAUAAUAAAGUACAAAACAAAACGUGUCGAUAGUUAUUUCAUGGUUUUAAGCGAAUAAGGAGGACUAUCCUAGUCGUGCUGGUGUCUGGUUAAGUUUGACAGACUUCUUACUUCGCACACUGCCAUUUAUGCAUUCAAUUCUAAAACAAAGUGGCAUAUAGUCGAUCGUGCUGUCCUACAACAACUCUUGUUAAUAAAAAAUGUAUGUAGGAGGAAAUGUUCGGUCAACUUGUCUCUGGGCCCAAGUAAUUUUCAUUUAUUGAUCGAAAGCCAUUUUCAGCUUGAGCUCAUAACAACCUUUGACCCACAGACCUUGAAAUCAAUAGGGUUCAUCUGGCUCGAAUAAAA